GUGUGGUCGGUCUGGUCUCCUCACCCGCACUGCCUGAGGCGCUAUUUGCUGGCGGCGAUUUCCCUGAGGCGAUUUUCAUGCAGGGAUGUAGUAUGGGGAGGAGAAAGGCGAGUAUGAGAAUGCUGUACGCCUGGGAGGAAGAAAGCAUUGGACAAUGGUAUUGGACAAAAGUAUUGGACAAUCAGAGAGAUGUCUCCUCUUUUCUUAGAGAUCUCUCUAUAUGCUACCCAAAGGAAAGGCCUUGCCUUGGAGAGACACUGCUGGAUCUGUAAGAGAUGCCGUUGCCACUACCACCCCGAAGCACCAAAUCUGAGACUAAGAAAUCUCAGUCUACCAAAAUUAGGCCCAGUGAUCAUGGCCACACUGAAAAGAAUGGGGAGAAUUACCAAGCAAAGAUAUCUCCACGUUCACCACAUGGAGCCCUCAAAAAGAGAUCAGCCUUUGAAGAUCUCACCAAUGCUGCUCAAAGUCACUCUGUCCAGCCCAAGAAGGAAGCCAAUAAGGAGUUUGUUAAAGGUGUUUCCAAGAAGAUAAAUAGGAACUCACUUGCUCUUGGGCUUGCCAAAAACAAUGAGAUGAGUAUGAAAAGGUGUAAGCUGGAACCCUCACCAGAAUCAAUGGUACCAAACAAAGAGAAGCCACUCACUCCAGCAAUAUCUGCCAUCUCUGAAACUCCCAUGACUGAGGAGUUAUCUUUUUCCAAAAAGCCAUUAGUUUCAAAAGAGGAAUUCACUGCUGAGGAGACAGCUCUCAUCAAGAGGUUGUUACCCUUAAAGAAGUGUGUAAAUCCGGGGGAGGUCCCCCUCUCAGAGAAGCCACUAUCCUUGCUGAAAGAGACUGACCAUGUUGGUACAUCUGUUUUAGAUUCAGUGACCUUUGGGAAGAAGCAUAAAACUGAGGAAGCAGCCAUGACCAAGAGCACAUUACCCUUAAAUAAGAUGUGCACAUAUCAGGGGAAGCAGUCCUGCCAGGGUGAGGAGUUGGCCUUGCAGGACAUCAGUGUUCAAGAGGAUCCUGUCUUUAUGGAGCCAGUGACCUUUAGGAAGAAACCUAAAAUGGAGAAAACAAGCCCCACCAAGACACUUUUAUCUUUAAAGAAACCUAAAAUGAAGAAAAUAAGCCCCAUCAAGACGUUUUUAUCUUUAAAGAAGUGUGUCACUCAGGGGAAGAUGAUCUAUGUGAAGAAGCCACUAGUAUUGCAGAAGGCCACCUCUAAAGACAAGUCACUCAUUAAGGAACCAUUGUCCUUUGAGAGAAAGCCUACCACUGAGAAGUCUCUUUCCCAAGAACCACUGAUGGUGCAAGAGAUGCACACCAACCAGGGGGAGGUGCCCCUCUUAAAGAAGCCAGGGGCAUUGCAGGGGAUGAGUAUUGACACUGAAGAUGAAUCUCCUGUGGUUCCUGUUUCCUUUGAAGAGAAACGUACCACAAGUGAGUCAGUCUCCACCAAGGAACAGUUAUCUUUAAAGAAAAAGUGUGCCACUCAAGUGAUGAUGUCUGUUUGCCAGGAACUGUCAGAUAGAUUUGGCAAAGAUAAGGAUUCCCACUUUGUGGAGCCAGCAUCAUUUAGGAAGAAGUCUUCAACUGAGGAGGCAGCCCUUACCAAGGCAUUAUCUUUAAAGAAGGAAAUCACUCAGGGGAAGAUUUUCUACUUAGAGAAGACUGCCUCUGAAGAGAAGUCACUUUGUGACAAGCUGUUGCACUUUAAGAAAAAGCCUACAACUGAAGAGGAGUUUGUCCUUCAGGAUCUGUCUGUGUUGAAGGAGGAGCACACCACUCUGCAGGAGGUAUCCCUCUUAAAAAAGCCUUUGAUCUUGCAGGAGGAGACCACCACUAAAGAAGAAUCAUUUAUUAAGGAACCGUUGACCUUGGAGGAGAAGCCUACCACCAAGGAGGAUAUCCAUUUUCAGGAGUCAUUUUCAUUGCCAGUAAAACCUGCUAAUGAAGACAAGUCCCUUUUCUGGAUGGGUUUGGGCUUGCAGAAGAUUGAUACUGAAGAGGUCUCUGUGGAGAAGCUAUUGGCUUUGCAGGAGAAAAGCACCACUGAAGAGGAAUCCCUUUGUAAGAAACUACUGGUUCUGAAGGAGGAGCUUUCUGCUGAGGAGGCAGAAAACAGAGAGAGGCAAUUAUCUUUUGAAAAGAAGCCUACUUCUCCGGAGGAGGAGAAAAGAGAGGCCUUACAAGAGAUCAUCGCCAAUGAAGAGGAGUCCCAUAUUAAGCACCCCCUGACCUUACAGGAGAAGCCAGGCCCUGAGAAGGGUGCCCUCUUCAAGGAGUCCUUGGCCUUGAAGGUGAAGCCUAGCAUCAAACAGAAGACUGAUCUGAAGGAACCCUUGGGUAGGCAGAAGGAGGUCAGCAGUGAGAAGGAGACCUUCAGAGAGCCCUGGACUUUGCAGGAGAAACUCACAAUUGAAGAGGAGGUUAAACUGAAGGAGUCAUUGGCCUUGCAGGAGAAGCCCAGCAGUGAAAAGAAAGCCCUUUUCAAGGUGCCAGAUACCUUUCUGAAAGGUUUAUUGAGCCACCAACUUGAGACUGGCCUACAUGUCCCUAGCACUACCCUUCAACCAGGAACAAGCAAAUACAGUGCUGCCAUCAUAUCCAGUGUAGGCAAGUUCAGCACUGCCAGCAAGACCAGUGCUUGUGAAUCCAGUUCCAAUAAACCUUUCUCAUCUCAGGGCGAGAAAUCACGGGAAGAGAUGACUCAACUGGUGGAUAUUGACGUGGAGGACCGCAAUAAUCCACUUUUCAGCUCAGUAUAUGCCAAAGAUAUCUUCAGUUACAUGAAGGAGAGAGAGGAGGAGUUCAUACUUAAAAAAUACAUGACCAGGCAGACUGACAUCAGCAGUGACAUGAGGGCCAUUCUUGUGGACUGGUUGGUGGAGGUGCAGAUGACCUUCGAAGUGAGUCAUGAGACCCUAUACUUGGCAGUGAAGCUGGUGGAUCACUAUCUUAUGGGGGCAAUAUGCAGGAAGGAAAAGCUACAACUCCUUGGUUCCACUGCUUUUCUGAUUGCAGCGAAAUUUGAGGAGCCCAUCCCCCCUUGUUUGGAUGACUUCCUGUACAUCUGCAAUGAUAUUUAUCAGCGAGAAGAGAUGCUGUCCAUGGAAAUGAGGAUCCUGAAAGCCCUCAAUUUUGAUAUCAAUAUUCCUACCGCCUAUCAUUUUCUGCGCAGAUAUGCCAGGUGUGUUCAUGCUAGCAUGCAGACACUGACCUUGGCCCGCUUCAUCUGUGAGAUGACCCUGCAGGAAUAUGACUAUGUCCAGGAAAGGGCUUCCAGGCUCGCUGCUGGCUGCCUCCUUCUGGCUCUCCACAUGAGGAAGCUUGGAAAAUGGGUCCCUAUCCUGGAGUAUUACAGCGGCUACAAGACCUCUGAUCUUCGCCUGUUAGUCAGGCACCUGAACAUCCUGUUGACUUGGCGUUGUGGGAGUAGACUCAAUACUGUGCGUACCAAGUAUUCUCACCAGGUCUUCUUUGAAGUCACCAAAAUCCCUCCACUGGACACAUUGAAGCUAGAGGAGAUUAUGAACAACGGCUGAUUUUGAGGCGAGGGGCUUGGCACUCUGGCAGCAACCACGAGAGAGAGGCAGGAGGGCAGUAGAUAGGUUCUAUUUAUUCUGUACUUGUAUUUGUCUUUUGGUCAUUUUUCUUCAGUUAUACUCUGUUUGUUUGUCUUUUCCAAAAUUGAUGUUGUAAAUAUUUAAGUUUUUAUGAAAGAGAAGAAAUUAUUAUGUUUGGAAAAUUAAUAAAACAUUAA